AUGAAUGGAUUUAUUUCAGCAGAGCGCCUGAUUAAAUCUGGUGUACCACAAGGUUCUAUUUUAGGACCAUUAUUAUUUCUGUUGUACAUCAAUGACUUGCCCGAGUGCCUUAAUAUUACAAGACCUCGACUAUUUGCUGAUGACACAAAUCUCACAGCUUCUGGAGACUCAAUGAAUGAUGCUGUGUUUGUAGUAAAUUCCGAUUUAGAAAACCUUAGAAAUUGGUUAAUAGCCAAUAAACUCAGCUUGAAUGUAGCUAAAACUGAAUUCAUGUUGAUUGGCUCAAAACGAAUGAGAAUCGGA